AUGGAGCACUGGGACUCACUGGGAUUUUUGAUAGUCACACUCAACUAUAAUGUGACUAUUGUAGGGAAGCUCUGGCUGGUGCUGAUGGUCCUGCUGCGCCUGGCAGUGGUGGUGUUAGCAGGGUACCCCCUGUACCAGGAUGAGCAGGAGCGCUUUGUGUGCAACACCCUGCAGCCAGGGUGCUCCAACGUUUGCUACGACUUGUUCUCCCCCGUGUCUCACUUCAGGUUCUGGCUCGUUCAGACUGUGUCUGUCCUGCUGCCCUAUGCUGCGUUCAGCAUUUAUGUGCUGCACAAGGUGGCUGUGCACAUUGUCAGCAGGCACUGUCUGCUGCAUGGGUGCCAGAGCAACAAGGGUUUGUCAAGCCCCAAAGAUGUGAAGCAGCUCUGUAGGAGUGCAGUUGUCAAUAGAGCAGAUUGUGGUGCAGACAACCUAAGUGUCCUUAAUUUUUCAGGGGCGUAUACUGUUCAUCUUUUUGUCAGGACCCUACUUGAGGUUGCCUUUGCUGCUGUGCAAUAUUUCCUUUUUGGAUUUUUUGUUCCUGACCGCUUUUCGUGCCACCACUCACCUUGCACGAGCACAGUUGACUGCUACAUCUCCAGGCCCACCGAGAAAUCCAUCAUGAUGAUUUUCAUCUGGGGGGUCAGCAGUCUGUCCUUCCUGCUCAGCCUUGCUGAUCUCAUCUGUGCCCUCCGGAGAACGACAGCAAAGAACCAGGAGAACAAGCAGCUGGCAAACCUCUGCACAGAGCAGGAGUGCAGGAUACACCUUCCCCCAGCCCAGCACAGCAGCUCCUCUCCACCUCAAAGCAGGGAUGGCCCAGCAGCAAACAGCUGCCACCCCAGUGAUGGCUCCUGCUCACCUCUCCCCGAGGAGGAAGAGGAGGCUGUUCUUCAUCCUGGAGGUGUCCCCCAGCAAAGUGCCAGCACUAACCUCAGCAGCAAUAAUUUCUGUGUGCCAGGAGACCUUGCUGCUGAGCAGCAGAGCACUGAAGAGCCCUUGUGUGCCAGUGACCACCAAGGAACUCCCUGCAGCCAAGUGAGACCCAGACUGCAGCAAGACUUCAUUAAAGAUUCUGCCCUGGCUUUGAGACCUCAGAUGGAGUCUCCCCUUGGGGUUUCUUCCUCUGUUGUUCAGGGCAAGCUUUUAGGGUUCUACCCUUCAGCUGAGCUAAAAAGCCCUGAUGAGCAAUCGAAUUACAGCAGCUCUAGCUGCCUGAGGUCAAAAAAGUCUGAAUGGGUAUAG